UAUUUACUAGAGAUCAUAAUUUGUAGAUGAACCUAAUGUUUCAGAGAAAGAAAAACAGAAAGCUCUCAACUCAACUCUGCUCGCAAUAUUUUGUAAACAAAUAUUGGGAUUGGAGUGAAAAUGUGCUUCAGAGCCGGACAUUAGUUACAUUUUUUUCAAACUCUUUUAAAUUCUAUAUUUGUUCAAUUAUCGAACCAAAAUAAUAGACCAUGAAUAAAAUACAGAGUUCUGGUAUCUUAAAACGAUUAUUGUCUUCUAAUAUUUGUAAACACUGGCUGCUGUCAAGCCGUACAUUUUUAUCAGAGGCUUACUUCUGUGAAGAAACCUGGAAGAAGAGAAUGGACAGUUCUACUUUAAAAGAUAUUAAAUUAGAUCAAUAUUUUGUUGAUACUAAUAAGAAAUUUGGAACAAAGCGCCUUGUUAGUGGAGUUGAUUUAGAUAUUUUUGCAAGCCGCAUUGAUGAUGAAUCUCAUCUUGAUGAAUUAGAACAUUUACUUUACAGGUUUAGAAGGACUAAAAGAGCGACUGAAAUAAGAGAUUCUACUACUUAUGCUGCUGUUCGUAUCUUCUUGAAAUUUAAACAAUAUGAAUCCUUGUUUCGCAUAUUAAAUGAUAGAGAAAGUUAUGGUGUAUUUCCAGAUUUCUAUUCAUACAAUAUGUUGAUGAACACAUUUUUGCGAGAAAAAAUGUUUAAAGAGGCAGCAAAUGUUGCAAUUUUGAUGAUGCUUCAAGAAAACUUUGAAAAUAAACUAAGCUGCUUACUUGGACUACAAUCUUGCCAGAGUUUUCUAGAUAACUGUCCUAUAGAAUUGUUGCAAGAAAAAGAAAUUGAUGAAAUUGAGGAAACAAAAAAAGAUGAAGAUGAUGAUGAAGAAGAAGAAACUCUGUUAAGAGUACCUUUUAUUCGUAAUCCAUGGUUUGAUGAUCAUUUUGACAUAAAAAACCCACAACAUCUUCUUGGGAAAACUUUAUAUCUUAUAGGACGGGAGGUGAACAAUUCUUUAUUAGGACAAUCUUAUCAGCUAUAUGGAUUAGCACUUUAUGAAAAAUGGGAGAAAGUGACUGAUCUUUUGAAACUAUAUUCAGAAUCUGAUGAUAUUGCUCUGUUGAGUGAUGUUAUUGGAAAAGUUAUGCAUCAAAUUGAUGCUAUUCCUGAGGAAAGUAAAACCUUGAAGGAAAAUUUAAGUCAACAGUUUAAUAAAUAUUUCCAAGAGUUGAAGUCUAAAAACAAAAUAAUUGAUGGUUCUCUUUGUGCUGCUCUUGCUGAUGCUUUGAAGGAUAUAUCUAGCCUAGAAAAAGAAGAUAUUGAAGCACAAAAAAGGCUGUUUGUGGAGUGGGAAAAGCAACGGGAACUCGCUCUCAAAAAGCAGAAUCAGGGUAUUGAUAAAGAGGUAAGAUUGAAGGUAAUAGAGGAAAAGAAGGAGUAUUUAUUUUGGAAAGAAAAAUUGCUUUUCUUCUUUGAGAAUGAAGAAAAAAAUUUGGAUGAGCUGAAGAAAGCAUAACAAAUAAUUGAAGCUAUCAAGAAAAAAGAAGAUGUGAAGGACACUUAUUUUCCACCUGAGAUUACCAAGAAGAAACAGCUGAGGAAGACCAAAUAUCAACGUUUAGCCCGAGUGAAGAAAAUCUAGUUAGGAUUUUAUAUUACUUUUUCAUAGAUUGUACAGUUAAAUAAUGACUAUUUUAAAAUCUC